AUGCAAGAGACACGGAACACGAACACCCUGGAGAGGUCAGACACAGUCAUGGCGGGCACCGACGGAUCAGGUGAAGAGCAGGCGGCGUACAGUCGCAGCAACCGCUCCAGAGCCAAGUCGCUCUCCGUGGGUGACUUGCGCGCCGCGAACAAGGGAGCCUUCGUCCCCGACAUGCCGGCCUUCGAAGAGCAACCGGAGCCGAAAGGCCGGCUGAUCAUUGUCGCCAACCGCCUUCCCAUCACAGUCAAGCGCAACGAUGACGGUAACUACGAACUUAUACCAUCAUCCGGCGGUCUAGUCUCUGGGCUGUCCGGCAUGAUGAAGACGACAGAGUUCCAGUGGUACGGCUGGCCGGGGCUAGAGGUUCCACCGGAAGAAAUGGAAAUGGUUACCAAACGCUGCAAGGAAGAGCACAAGGCGAUUCCUGUCUUCAUGUCGGAGCAGCUCAGCGACCGGCAUUACAAUGGCUUCUCCAACUCGAUACUCUGGCCGCUCUUCCACUACCACCCUGGCGAGAUCACCUUCGACGAGAGCGCAUGGGAGGGCUACGCCGAAGCCAAUCGGCAGUUUGCGAAAGCCAUUGGCGCGAACCUACAGGACAACGACCUUGUGUGGGUUCAAGACUACCACCUCAUGCUGCUGCCUGCUAUGCUGCGCGAAGAGAUCGAGAAGAAAGGAGACGCCAAACCGAAGAACGUCAAGUUUGGCUUCUUCCUGCACACGCCCUUCCCGUCUUCAGAGAUCUACCGCAUCCUUCCAGUCCGUAAUGAGAUUCUGGAAGGUGUCCUUCACUGCGAUUUGAUCGGCUUCCACACGUACGACUACGCACGCCACUUCCUCUCCUCGUGCGCACGCAUCCUCGGGCUGGCCACAACCCCCAACGGCGUCGAGUAUCAGGGCAAGCUCGUUUCUGUCGGCGCUUACCCGAUCGGCAUAGAUCCAGAGAAGUUCUCUGCCGGCCUGCAGGAAGCUGAUGUGAAGAAGCGGAUGGAGACGCUGAAGAGCAAGUUCGACGGCGUCAAGAUCGUCGUCGGAGUGGACCGCUUGGAUUAUAUCAAGGGCGUGCCCCAGAAGCUCCACGCUUUUGAAGUCUUUCUGACAGAGCAUCCGGAAUGGGUCGGAAAGGUCGUGCUCGUGCAAGUCGCCGUCCCAUCUCGCGGCGAAGUCGAAGAAUACCAAAACUUGCGCGCCGUCGUCAAUGAGCUGGUCGGCCGCAUCAACGGCAAAUUCGGCACCAUCGAGUUCACACCCAUCCACUUCCUGCACAAGUCGGUCUCGUUCAAGGAGCUCAUCGCCCUGUACGCCGUCAGCGACACGUGCGUCGUCAGCAGCACCCGCGACGGCAUGAACCUCGUCUCCUACGAGUACAUCGCCUGCCAGGAGGAACGCCACGGCGUCAUGGUGCUCUCCGAGUUCGCCGGUGCCGCGCAGUCGCUCAAUGGCGCCAUUAUCGUCAACCCCUGGAACACCGACGACCUUGCCACCUCCAUCUACGACGCCGUUAACAUGAGCAAGGAGCAGCGAGCCGUAAACUACCACAAGCUGGCGAAAUACGUCAACAAGUACACCUCAGCCUGGUGGGGCGAGAGCUUCGUGACGGAAUUAACCCGGAUCUCAGAGCAAGCGGAGAAGAAGCUGAAGGUUCGUCGGCAGAGCCAGAUGGAUCGCAGGAGGCCUAACCCGAACGUCACUAUCACCGAGGAGUACGCGGAAGGCGGGAUCAACGGCAGUAUUGAUGAGGAGAACGAUGAAGAGAGCGCUGUGGAGAAGUAA